ACCAUACAGCGUUUCUUCGCCAGAGGUGGUUUAUUUGGUAUAAAUAUUUGGUUAUAUAUUUACAAUAUUUAUAAUGAAUUCGUAUUUUCAGUCUCUCCAAGUUCUAUUUCUUCUAAAAUAAUCAGUUAUUCUUUGUUUGACAGUGUUUGUGCUAACAUUAAAAUCAAUUAAAUAAGUUUUAUAUAUUUUUGGAAUAGUACUAGUAUCACAAUCAUUCGUUUGAUUUGGCUCUAUGAUAUUAAAGUAUUUGUAAAAUUCAUUAUAUGUGAUGAGCAUGUAGUUAAUUGGCUCAAACAUUGAGUAGUUGUAGAUUCUGGUCGGCAGCUCUAGAUAUUCGGUGUUCCGUGUUCGGAGUCGUGGUGUUCUUAAGUUAAUUUUCUCCAUAAUAUGCUUCGACGAUGUUUGGCCACCGAUAACAUUGUGUAUGAAGCUAAUUUGUGCGAUUUUUCUUCGUUCUUCCAAGUAAUUUUCGCUCAUAAUGGAAAGAAAUGAAGUGCAAAAUCCAUCAUUUACGAAGGAUAGUAACCAAAAACUAUCUAAGCUUCAGAAAAAGGAUGCAACAUCAAAGAACAAUUGGGAACUUGUGCCUCCAGAUGGCGGCUGGGGUUGGUUAAUUUUGGCCGGAUCAAUGCUUGUGAACCUCUUAGUUCCGGGCACAGUGAAGUCGUUUGGUGUUCUAUUCAUGGAAUUUUUAGAGGCGUUUGAAGCAUCGCCAUCGACCGCGUUAUGGAUCCCUGCGUUAUGUUACUUUUUGUACAGCUCUCUUGGACCUUUAUCAAGUAUUCUUUCAGUAAAAUAUUCCUAUCGUACGGUUACACUGAUCGGAGGUACAUUUGCUGCACUCGGAAUGAUCAUCAGUUAUUUCGCAUCUUCAGUUGCCUACCUAUAUAUCAGUUAUGGUGUACUUGUUGGAACCGGUGCAGGGCUCUCUUUCCCACCCACAGUUUAUAUUGUCACAUCAUACUUCGUGAGACUUAGGGGUCUGGCGAAUGGAAUUUGCAUUUCAGGAUCAGCAUUUGGAUCUAUUAUACUGCCACCUUUGCUGCGGGGUUUGCUUGAAGAAUAUGGUUAUAGAGGCGCAAUACUCAUUAUGGGUGGAAUAACUCUUAACACAUAUGUGGCUGCAUUAAUUUAUGAACCAGUUGAGAAUCAUAUGAAACGCGUUCCCAAAGAAGAAAUAUUUGAUGAUGCAACGGCACCAAUGACAAAUGAUAUCAUUGACGAGGAGAAGGAGGGUGACUGGGAUGAAGGCAUAACCUUAGACUUCACCGGUAAACCCAAAACUAAAAUCGAAGAGUCAAAAUUAGCAAAAACCACGAUGAAAGAAUUUGAUGAACAGUCAUCAGCUCAGAAUUCACCACGUUCAGAAUUACACUAUGCUCAUCAAAAAAAUGGCGAAUUCAUACGAAGUGCAUCUGCGGUUGCUAUGCAUAAUGUUCGAAAUGCAAAUGAAGUACAUCGAAAAAUAAGCACACCCAUUCGAAAUAACAUACCAAAAAACGAUAGUUUCAUCAAUCAAAUGAGCUCAACUUCAUCACUUUACGGUGUGCCUGAAUCUCGUCUCUCACAUUCUUCUCGAUUGAACCGCUUAAAUCAAUAUCAUCAUCGCGCUCUUGGUUCACGACCACCAAAGCGCUCACCAUCGACUAGCAGUUUUCAAUAUGUCAGCACUCCAUACCACGGGAGCACUUUAUCAUUUCAACCAGAGGAGUUUGCAUCCCAUUUGUCUUUAAAGUCAAUAGCGAGCUCUAUAAAUCCGAUAGCAGCAUGCUCAAAACAAAACAAAAAGAUGAAGAGCAAAUUUUUAGACUUAUCACUGUUAAAAGAUCCCGUUUAUUUGGUAAUAUUAAUUUCAAAUUCCACAAACGCCAUUGGUUACACCAAUUUCAUCAUCUUAUUACCAACCUUUGCAACUACCCUUGGGUUCGAUAAAAAUUUGGCCGCAUAUUUGUUAUCGAUUGUGUCAGUAUUUGACUUAGUUGGUCGCAUUGGUGGAUCUGCGUUGUCUGAUUGGACUACGUUUGUACCGAAAACAUGGUAUUUUGUCGGUGGAUUGGCGCUUUCGGGAGCAUCUUUGGCUGUGUUGCCACUUGCAACAUCUUAUUCGAUGGUGAGUUUUUGGUGUGGGUUGUUUGGUUUGGCGUCUGGAACCUAUGUUGGAAUUACAGCAGUGUUGAUGGCUGACUUAUUGGGCACAGAAAGGCUAACUUCUUCGUAUGGGAUAAGUUUAUUUGUAAAUGGCAUAUUACAACUGAUAGGUCCCCCGAUUUGUGGCGUCUGGUAUGAAAGAUCAAAAUCAUACGGUUCUUUGUUUUCCACUCUUGGGCUAACUUUGUUGGCUGGUGCUAGUCUAUGGGGUUUUAUGCCAUUCAUCAAGCGCAGUCGAAAACGAAAGCAGGAACGCUUGCAAAAAAAUUCAGAGGGAAAUGUUGACGAAGAAGAAUAAAUAUACAUUAGGGUGUUUUUCAUAACCUGAAAAAGAAAAAUGGUAGAUUUUAAAUUAAAGAGGAAAAAAUUCUGUAUCAAUUAGUGGUGUUCACACAACGGAGCAAUCGAUAUUCACACCUCCCGAAGCAAAAAGACUGCUUUUCCAUUCAAAUGUCUAAAUAACUCUCGCUCCGAAGCGUUGAACAAAUUCUACUUACCGUGAUAUGAUGCAUUGAACAAGUCAUAUCCAAAGAAUGCGGCGACAUUGUCAAACCGGAAAAUGAACAUAACCCAUUCUGAUCAUCAAAUAACGUCUAUGAAACCACUCAUGUACUGCGGUAAAUAAAGUUAGACACCUUAUAAACCUUAAAAUAGCCCACUAAGUGCAAGGCUUGAGAACUCUAAUAAACUAUUAGAAAAUAUUUGUUAAAAAAAAACUUUAAUGCUAAACGCUGGAUUUUGAAUUAUGGAUUGAGUGGAACGCCGUCGUCAUCUGGUCGUCGCAGCAAUGCUGGAUGUAUCGGAAUGUCAAGCAGCGUGCAAAGACCUAAGUAAAUAGAAAACAAGCACACAAAUAACAAUUAAUCUAAGCGAAAACCAAAUCGAUUCCAAUUUUCAAAUGAAAUAUUAAUAGAUAAUGAACCUUUGUACAUGAUCAGUUUGGCUGCUGAUAUGUCCCGAUGCCAAAGUGAUUUGAGCAACUUGCGUGAUUGUGCAGCGUCUUCUGUUCCAGCGUUUUCAGCAGCAUUUGGUUGCCAGGUUUUGAAGAAGCGUUGCUUCUUUGACACCAAACGUCCUGAAUUUCGUUGGGUUAGAAUGGCUGCAAUAGCAUCACCUUGGUCGCGCAUUUCCUCCCAUGUACGCAUGAUUUUCCGUUGCAUUUGCAACACUCGUUUGCUCACGUUCGUAUAGAUGGUUCUCGGAAGUCCAACACGUUCAUCUGGUUGGCAAUCGUUGCACUUCUUGUAUCGUUUGCUCUUCGUCCAUAUCGGGAACCGUUUGAAGCAUCGGGCACAAUGUUGCGAUGUCAUGUAUUCAUCCACUAACCGAACGACACAAUUGCCACGUCUUUUGAAGGCUGCAAUCAGCUUGCGAACGCCUGGACAACGCACGUACUUUUUGAUUUGGAUCGGGCAAUUUGGUGAAAUUUCGGCUGCUCCGAUGUUGAUGAUAGCUGUCUUGAAAUGUACCAGCUUACCGGCGAUGAGAUCAAUUGCACGACGCCAUUCAAUGUGUUUGUCCAAACGUAAGCGUGCAUAGUUUUUCUGACUGUAUGCCGCGAUACCAUCUUGGGACAUUCGCAGGCGAUGUUCGAUGUAAUGGCGCCAAGAGAUGUUCCGUGGCGAUGGUGUCUGGCCAAUCUCUGCGGAGAUACGUUUGAGGUCCGCUUGUUCGUCAUACGUGAAGACUCGUGUCAUUCGUUCGGCUUUAAUGUUGCGCGCAUCUUGUUUCGAUUUCAGAUGGUAUUGUUUGAACGAAAUCUUCUCGUUGGUCUAAAAAUAAAAUGCAACAAAAGUGAA